GAUCCUAAUAUGGAAUGCAGCAGGAAACCCACGAUUUCCUGACACUCGGCAAGCUGGAGGAAGCGAGGGGGGGGAAACUCCGUUUAAAAGCCCUUCUCUCCUCCAUAUUAGUUGUGUGGUGGAAAACCGGGCAGGAGUUAUCCAAAUCCCACCGUGUCAUUAGCCAGGCUGGGGAUGGGGAGGGUAGAGUGAGAUUCUCACGGGCUGCUGAUAUUUCUAGACUGCCAGGAAGUCCCGGGAAGUCUAUGGACAUGAGAGUUUCUUAACUCCAGCUCUACCCCCAACUCCACUUCUCCGUUGGGAUUGGGAGAAAGGGACAGACCCUUUUCAUCCCUCCUCCCAAGAGUGCCUUCCUUCUCCAGCAUGGUGAGCUGCGGGGCUCGAGUGUGUCUGGGCUGUGCCUGGGAGAGCCCGGCCAGCCAGAGUCAGGCCGCCUGAGCUCCAGCCUGGGGCCGGUGCCACCGCUCCAUGCACUGCAGAAGCCCCAGCAGCUGCUGCGGGAGCCGCCAACAUGAGCUGCAGAGAGAGGACCGACAGCAGCUGCGGCUGCAAUGGACAUGAGGAGAACAGGAUCCUGAAGUGCGUGGUGGUCGGGGACGGCGCGGUGGGGAAGACCUGCUUGCUGAUGAGCUACGCCAACGACGCCUUCCCAGAGGAAUACGUGCCCACUGUGUUUGACCACUACGCAGUUACCGUGACGGUGGGAGGCAAGCAGCACUUGCUUGGACUAUACGACACUGCAGGACAGGAGGAUUACAACCAGCUGCGGCCACUCUCUUACCCCAACACAGAUGUGUUUCUCAUCUGCUUCUCUGUCGUAAACCCAGCCUCUUACCACAACGUUCAGGAGGAGUGGGUCCCGGAACUGAAGGACUGCAUGCCUCAUGUGCCUUAUGUGCUCAUCGGAACCCAGAUUGAUCUCCGAGAUGACCCCAAAACCUUGGCGCGUCUGCUGUACAUGAAGGAGAAGCCCCUCACCUAUGAGCACGGCGUGAAGCUGGCGAAAGCGAUUGGAGCGCAGUGCUACUUGGAAUGUUCUGCCCUGACCCAGAAGGGUCUCAAAGCAGUUUUUGAUGAAGCCAUCCUCACCAUUUUCCACCCCAAGAAAAAAAAGAAAGGCUGCUUAGGGUGUCACGGCUGCUGUGCAAUUAUCUGAAGUUGCCUGACACCCAUCUCCCCGCCAUGCAAGGGCAUGGAGGGCAGCCAGUCUCUGUGACCCAACUCUAGCCAAAAAGGAGGGCGUGACCAGAAAGGAAUUCCUGCAUCCCAACGCCUGUCCCAGUGCCCUGCCAGCUUCCCAGCUCAGCAUCCUGUAAGCCACUGCCACAGUCCUAAGCCAGCCAGACCAUGAACACUGUGUAUGGAGAAUGCAGAGUCACAUUCAGACCAUAUGCUGGUGAGGUGUUGGAAGCCGAGUGACAAUCCAUCUGGUAUUUCAUAUCUUCUCUCCCACGGUUAUGGACCAACAGAGAGUCAUGACGGGAAAACCAAGCACUCUGUCCUGCACUGGUGGCCUUAGUUCAUGUCUUCACCAAACUUGGGAAUACAACACCAACAUUUUUUUUUUCUGAAUCAGUUCGUUCUUUUACCCAAGCACCUUAACGCUCAUUUCUAUUGCAGUUUCCCAAUGUCCAAUCACUUGAGCCUUACAAAUCCACAUCAAAAUAAUUGAAAGACAAGCUGGAUUGUGUUCACACCAACUGACGGUGGAUCUCUGCCAAUGUUCUUAGAGCCAUCAUGUACCUCUGAAUGCCUAAUUACAAAAAAAAACUUUUCUAAACUUACAGACCUAUAAUGUUUUUAAACUUUUUAAAAGAAAACAUCCUGUGAGUUACAGCUCCCAAGUUUGGCCAAAGAUCAUCCCACAAAUGGUUCAGAAGAUAGGGGGACUGCUCUUGCAAAACCCUACUGUUAUUCAAACCAAAAAAAAAAAAAAAAUGGCCCUGAGCAGGAACCGCUCCCAGAGAGGAAUCCUGCACCUGACAGGACCAUUGCAAACAGCCAGGGACUCUCCGUGUCUUAAUUAGAGGCUGUGAUGGGCCCGGGUUAGCCUUCUUUGCUUACAAAUGCCCUGGAAUUACCCAGGGAAGCUGAUUUAUCUUUUUUUUUUUUAACUUUAUAACAUCAGUAAAUCAUAUCUUAGCAAGAAGAAAUUAUUUCACUUUUUCUAGAUUGAAGCUCCCUCUUUGGGGGAAAAAAAUCUCAAUCUUUCUAGUCUUUUCUGCUCUUAGAAGAACCACAGAAGAAAAUUGUAUGGUAUGGGUCGUCUUAAGUCCUUCAUGACACCCCUUCAGUCUUUGGGGGCUUUGGUUGUUUGUCUGUUGUUUAGAAUUUCUGAAAUAUAUUUUUGCUUCUUCU